AUGUCCGAAAUAUCAGCACAACUCAUAUGCUCAGCUUUGGGGCUCGGAGCCCUCCUCCUAUACGCAUUGUACCUGCCCCUUGUACUGCUCUACAAACAAUACAAUUCGUCAUUCCGUGACCUUCCCGGACCUCCUUCUACAAGCUGGCUGAAGGGAAACUUUCCUGAGAUGCAAGAAUCUGAAAAUACCAUAUUUUACAAGAAAUGGGCCAACGAAUACGGGCCUACUAUGCAAUUCAAGGUCUUUUUCAAUAUGAGUCGCCUUUAUACUGCGGAUACUAAAGCUCUCAACCACAUCCUCCAUAAUGAGUACAUUUAUCACAAACCUAGGAUAACUCAAUGGAGUUUGGGACGAUUAACCGGGCCUGGCUUAUUUUACGUGCAAGGGGACAAACACAAGUUUCAACGCAAGAUAAUUAGCCCUGCGUUCAGUCCAGGCCAACUCCGUGGGUUCAGUGAGACUUUUUUCGAGAAGGCAGAAGAGCUUAGGGAUAUCUGGGCCUCCCAAAUCGAAGUGGACGGAAAUGUGACGCAAGUCGAUGCUCUAUCUUGGCUCAGUAAAAUGACUCUGGAUGUUAUUGGUCGUACUGGAUUUCACUAUGAUUUCCAUGCUCUUAGCCCAGAGGGCAACGCCAACGAGCUAAACAAGGCCUUGUCAAUCGGUUUUCACGCUGCCACCAGAUUCUCGAUUUGGUUGAUGAUCCAAAGUGUGUUACCUGUGACGCGCUGGAUGCCUUCUUCGGGAAGUGCUCAGCUCCGCAAGGCGAAAAAGACCAUGGAUCGUAUCGGCCAAGAGCUGCUUCAGGAAAGCAAAGCCCAGCUCAUGACUUCUGGAAGGAAGCUAGAUACGUGGCGUUCUAAAGACUUACUUUCGUUGCUGGUUCGUUCGAAUAUGAAUGCGGAUAUUCCGUAUAGGCAGCGGAUGAGUGAUGAAGAUGUGCUCGCUCAGGUCCCGACUUUCGUCUUUGCAGGUCAUGACACGAUAUCAAGCGGGACAGCGUGGUCGUUGUACGCUCUCAGUCUCCAUGAUUCAGUACAGGAUAGCCUGCGCAAAGAACUGUUACGCGUACCUACGGAACGCCCAACCAUGGAAGAUCUCAAUUCGUUACCUUACCUUGAUGCUGUAGUGAAGGAAACUUUACGCUUCCAUAGUCCUGCUCCAGAGACGGCGCGAGUCGCAGUGAAAGACGACAUUCUCCCACUCAACACGCCUGUUACUGACAAGAAUGGUAUCGUCCACCGCGAAAUCUGUAUCAAAAAAGGACAACAUCUCCUUCUCGCAAUAUCCGGAGUGAAUCUGGCCAAAGAGAUAUGGGGUGAAGAUGCGAUGGAUUUCAAGCCAGAACGCUGGUUAUCCAAACUCCCUGAGACUGUCAACUCGAUUCCAGGGGUAUGGGGAAAUAUGAUGACCUUUCUCGGUGGUCCCCAUGGCUGCAUUGGAUAUCGAUACACUGUUUUGGAAAUGAAAGUGUUACUCUUCACGCUUGUACGAGCAUUUGAAAUCAAACUUGCACUUCCUAAAGAGAACAUCAUCAAUCGAACUUCGAUAGUGCAACGACCUUACAUUAAAGGGGAAAUUGAGGUUGGAGGCCAACUUCCUCUUCUAAUCAGCCAUGCACUAAAAAAAGAAUGA